AAAAUAAAAUUACACCUUCCGUCUCAAAAUUAUUGUCCAGUUUAAGUUUUCAUUUUUAGUUCAAAUUGUACUAAGUGAAAUCUCAAACUGGACAAUAAUUUUGGGACAGAAGGAGUAUAAUUUUUAUGUUCUCUUAGGUCAUAUCUGUAAGGUACAAAGUACAAAAGUCAUUUUUACCUUAAUCGGUUGGGGGGGGGGGAGAUCAUUGCUCUGAAAGACACUAAAUCAUAAAUAAUCAUGUUUACCUUAAUUUGUUUGAAAGAAGAAAAUCUCGUCGAAUUAAUUUAUUAGUUAUCGUGGAAUUAUUAACCCUAUAAUUUUCACUCGAGUAGAACUCAUUCACUAGACUUCCAAGAGUUACGGCCCAGAUCAUGUUGUGAUCACAAGAAGGGCCAUAAAAUUGGAUCGGCCCGACCCAUAAACCUUAAAAAUCAUCGUUAUCCUUGUUCCCCGGUUCUCUGUUUCUGGCGGGGGGGAGAAAUCAGGAAUGGCUUUUCUCAGCUCAUUUGGAACCUCAAUAUCUCUCCGGCGGUUCUCAGCAAUCACUACCUCCGCCCAUGGCGAACCCACUUCCCCGGCAUCAUUACUAUCUUCAACUCCUUUCAUGGGGGACAUCCCACUUCCCCACUUCUCCCCUCCACUACGUUCUGGCAAAAGCUUAAACUUUGCAAAUGUCUAUCCCAAAAGAAUUUCUGGCUUGGAGGAGGAGACACUUACAGUAAGAAGACUCCCUAUCAAAAACCUGUCAUUGGAUCGAAGGAGUAGCCGCCACCGAGUGCUGCCAGUAGUACGGUCUUCUCUUCACGAAACUCUCACAACUUCAGCUGAGAUUGGGCAGCUGAUACUGUUGGGUGAUGCUAGUAGUGAUGUAGUGAGUGGCGGGGGAGUGGGCUACUCCCAGGCCAGCUAUUACACUUCCCUUGGAUUGUUUGUCAUCUCCGUUCCUGGACUCUGGUCCCUCAUCAAACGUUCUGUCAAAUCCAAGAUAGUGCAAAAGACAUUUACAACAGAUGGGGAUGGGAAGACAGCGCCCAACCAGGUGGCUGGACAAAUUUUAUCAUUCUUCACUCGCAACAAUUUUACAGUGUCCGAUAGAGGAGAGACUAUCACGUUUGAAGGAAUAAUGGUCCCAAGCAGAAGUCAAGCCGCACUACUAACAUUCUGUACCUGCAUAAGUCUUGCCAGUGUUGCUCUUGUUCUCACCAUAGCUGUACCUGACCUGGGGAACUCUUGGUUUUGGCUCACUGCUUUAAGUCCACUUGCAGGUUUGUACUAUUGGACAAAGGCAUCUAGAAAGGAGGAGAUCAAAGUGAAGAUGAUGGUAGCAGAAGACGGAAGCCUGUCAGAGAUCAUUGUUCAAGGAGAUGAUCAACAGGUUGAUCAAAUGAGAAGGGAACUUCAGCUCAAAGAGAAGGGAAUGGUCUAUGUUAAGGGCAUCUUUGAGAGAUCAUGACAGCAUGGUACAUACCAUUUUUGUAUUACUUCCCAAUUCAUCAUGUCUUGAAGUCAGAAGCAAAAUUUGUUUUCUUUUUCAAGCCAAAUACAGAGUUCAACAACACAUCGAUCGAUCGAUCUGAGUUGUAAAUGUUCCUUUCAUUAUAACAUACAUAACUACGUAAACUUUACAUUACAAUGAUUUGUCCAAAGUAAUGCUUACAAGAUAUGGGAGAACACCCCUCUCCAUGCAACAUUAAGAGAUGGAGAAAUUCUGUAACCAAACAGCACACUAGUGUAUGUGACAUGAAUGAAGAGUAUUGAUAUUUGAUAAUCCUUCUGUACCUAGCUACCUAACUAAUAGAGUUUUAUAAAUUAUCCAUUUUAAACUAAGACAGACCCCAAUUAUUACAAAAGAAAAAGGGGGGAAAGAACUUUUAC